AUGCUCAAUGAGAAGUGCGGGCGGAGUCACGGCGGGAGCGGGGCGUGGUCACGUGGGACGGAGGGGCGGGUCCUCGCGGCGCAAGAUGGCGGCGGCGGCCUCGUCCCUGGGCGCCAUGUUGGGGUCCCGAGUCUCCCUGCUGGGCGGCAGGUCCCCCGGCGCUCCGCCCAUAGUGAGCGCUCAAGCAGAUGCCGCCGCGGGUGUCCUCGGCAGGUGGGCCCUUCCUCCCCGAGGCCGGCCGGGGUGCUGACCCGGUGGUGGACGUCGUCGUCGCCGCCGCCGCCGCCGGGCCCCGGCGAGGAGGUCCGCCUCAGCGACGGCUGUGUCAAGAGGCUGCUGGAGAUUACGGAAGGGUCCCGGUUCCUCAGGCUCCAGGUGGAGGGAGGAGGCUGUUCGGGAUUCCAGUACAGAUUCUCCCUGGAUACCGUCCUCAAUCCCGACGACAGGGUGUUUGAGCGGGGCGGAGCCCGGGUUUGUGUGGACAGCGACAGCCUGGCCUUCGUCAAGGGCGCCGUGGUGGAUUUCAGCCGGGAGCUCAUUCGCAGCUCCUUCCAGGUGGUCGACAACCCCCAGGCCGAGCAGGGCUGCUCCUGCGGGACCUCCUUUUCCGUCAAGCUCUGACGGAAACGCCAGGAACCCGAGGGCGCGGGCCCGCGCGCUCCCUCUCGCCCCUCUCUCGCGUGGUCCUCGCGCCCUCGCCGCCCAUUCGCUCCCCCCUCUUAGACGACGCGCUGUCUCGCCGGUUCUCUCUCGCGCUCCGCACCCCCCCCCCC